AUGGUUAGUGCCAAGAGGCUUGCUCAGAUGGCAAAGAAGUGGCAGAGGAUGGCGGCCAUGGGGAGGAAGAGGCUCACCCGAACCACGACAGCGGCGAAAGGAGCAGCCAAUGACGAGUGCUGUGAAACUUCACCGUCGGUGGCGAUGAAGGGCCACUGUGUGGUGUACACCCCCGACAGUGUGCAGUUCGAGGUGCCACUGGCAUACCUCGGAACGGCGGUCUUGAGCGAGCUCCUGGCGAUGUCCCAGGAGGAGUUUGGCUUUGCAGGCGGCAAUGAUGGAAGGAUCAUGCAAUCUUUGAUUGCAUAUUUCAAUCAUCAAAUUCAGAAAUAA